GUACUUUAAAACAAAUGAUGUUUUUAUGAACUUCGUAAAAAAUGCAUGGACUUGUGUUCACUAAAUGCGUGUAUGUAAAAAAAUAAUUAAACGGAAUUGUAUAACACGUAUCGUACCAAUGACGUCACAAAAAAAUAAAAAUUAACAAACUUUAUUUUUCACCAUAUUGCGUGUUCGAAAGAGAUUUGUAACAUAUCUGUUACAUGAUGCUCGAAAGGGUUAAGUCCUUGGAAAUAAUAUAGAUUGCCGAUAAUGUUGUGUGUGCUCGGUAAUAAAUUUGCUCAAUAUCGUUUAACGACCAAUGAGACCGCUGUAGUUGACACAGAAUAUGGCAAAGUGAAGGGUGUCAAGCGGAUAACAAUGUACGAUGUGCCAUACUACAGCUUCGAGGGGAUCCCCUACGCUAAGCCACCAGUGGGUGAGUUACGCUUCAAAGCACCUGAACGACCAGAGCCUUGGAAUGGUGUGCUAGACUGUCUAAACGCCAAAGAUAGCGCCGUACAAUUGCAUCUAAUAACAAAUACAGCAGAGGGUUCGGAGGAUUGUCUCUACUUGAAUGUGUAUGCGAAGGAUUUAAAAUCCGAUAAACCACGACCGGUUAUGAUUUGGAUCCAUGGUGGUGGCUUUGUUGUGGGUGAAGCGAAUCGUGAUUGGUAUGGACCGGAGUAUUUCAUGGAAAAAGAUAUUAUAUUGGUUACCAUCCAGUACCGAUUGGGUGUUUUCGGUUUUCUUACACUCACCACACCGGAGUUGGACAUACCUGGCAAUGCUGGCUUGAAGGAUCAAGUGCUGGCACUCAAGUGGGUCAAAAAUAAUAUAGCAAACUUUGGUGGUGAUCCAAAUUGUAUAACCGUAUUCGGUGAAAGUGCUGGUGCUGCCUCGACGCAUUAUCUCAGCAUUAUCGAACAAACCAAGGGUCUAUUCCAUCGCGCAAUUCUAAUGUCGGGUACGGCUAUCGCUUCUUGGGCGAAUAAUGGUCAGGAACGUCAUGCUUACCCACUUGCAAAGUUGGCCGGUUAUAAUGGAGAACAUGAUGAAAAACAUGUCUUGGAAUACUUAAAAAAAUGCAAAGCGACCGAUCUAGUACAGCUGGAGGAGAAAGUGCUAUCUACAGUUGAAUUACAACGCCAUAUAAUGUUUCCUUUUGCACCCUGUAUAGAGCCAUACGACACACCGCAAUGUGUGAUUUCAAAAAGUCCACGUGAACUAAUGAAAACCGCUUGGAGUAAUUCAAUGCCAAUGUUGACUGGUCAUACUUCGGCCGAGGGCUUGGUAAUACAGCCAUUUAUUAAUGCAAAUCCGAGUUGUCUUAAUGAGUUGAAUACAUGUCGAAGCUUUGUACCAUAUGAAGUUGUGGAUGAAGCGGAUAUUGCGGAAAAUGCUGCGAAGCUGAAAAAAAUACAUGCCGACAGUGCUGAGUUGUCAGCUGACGAAUAUAUGGAGAUCAAUGGCUAUUUUCUCUUCCACUUUCCUCUCCAUCGUGUUUUGCUAUCACGUUUGACUAACGCUUCGUCCGCUCCAACAUAUCUAUAUCGCUUUGAUUAUGACUCGGAAAAAUUACCAUACCCCUACCGCAUUUGGCGUUUCGGUCGUGGUGUGAAGGGUGUUUCUCAUGCCGAUGAAUUAGCCUAUCUUUUCUCGCAUGCAAUGGCUAACGCAGCGCCUAAAGAUAGUCCUGAAUAUCGCACCAUACAACGCAUGGUUGGCAUUUGGACUCAAUUCGCCGCAACUGGUAAUCCAAAUGAUAACCAAGUCCAAGGUUUGGAAUCGCUGACAUGGGAACCCGUCCGCUCAGCUGAGCCAGCUUACAAGUGUUUAAAUAUCCGUGAAGAAUUAGAGAUUAUAAAUUGGCCAGAAAUGGAAAAGGUUAAAGUGUGGGCGAGCACUUUUGACAGAAAGAAAGACUUAUUAUUUUGAGAUCUUGUGAUUAAAGGGGGGGGGGGGGGAGGGUAAGGUUUGACAACUUUUUUUUUUUAUUUUUUCCCUGAACCAUCAACAUCUCAAGAAUAUUGUGUUAAAGUUUUAGGUCAUUCGGAGAAAACUAACGAAGUUACAGCAGGUUGAAUAACGGUACCUCCAGCUAUCUGCACUGAGUGUACAAAACUUUGAAUCGAUUUUCCCAAAUAUGUAAUUUUUAAAGUCGGUGACCAGCCUACAGAAAAAACUACUGCAUCGAUCGUUUUGGAAGUUUGAACAAAUAUUCUACAUAUAUAGCUCUCGAAUGACGUCGAGUUUUUCCAAAAAUUUUAAUUACUAACAAUUUUACAAUAACAAAUAGGUCGAUUUUUCGUCUAAAAUUGAAAAAAUACCAAAAAUUGAAAAAUUAAAAAGAACUCGACGUCAAUUGAAAGACAAACUAACAAACUAAAGAAAGCACUUUGAUUUUUUGGUUUCGGAUGAUCCAGUGAUGCUGUAGGCUGGUCACCGCACAACAACUUUUUUUCGAGGUGCCUGCAGAGAUCGACGAUAAAUCCGUUAUUCCUCGCUAUUUUUCGAUAAAACUUUUUUUUAAUUAUCCUUCAAAUGUUGUACUUUCAUAUAAUAAUAAGUAAAAUAAACUUACAGCAAUAAUUUUUUCUAAAAAAAUUCAUGAAAAAAGGUCUUUUUUCGACGAAACAAACCUUACCCCCCCUUAAUGUAAUUCCAGAAAAGUAAUUAAAACAAUUAAGGAUUAUAUAAAAUUUAAAUGUAAAAUUUAUUUAAUAGUAAAAUACUUCAUCUAUAGUAACUUAAUAGGUUUUCUAAUAUUCUGCAAUAAAUUAUAAGGUGUGGAAAAUCAAACCUCACAUUUAUGAUAAUCAUAUGUAAAUCCGCUGUAAAUUAAAAUUCGCAAGUGUGGAAACACAGUGACGAGCAACCAAACCAA